AAGACAUCGUUCCCAACCAGAUGCGACGACUGGUCAAGCUGCAGACCCCCGUGGGCCAGGAAGUUUCAUUCGCAACACCCGGCGAGGUCGUGCCAGAUCAGCACCCCGCUCCGGAGGACCCGAACCUCACGGAGGAGCCGCCCACGGACGAGGAGCGCCCGUUCGUGCGGAGCGGAUGGUUCCGGGGACCCCGCGGCCCCGUGGCCUUCGUCUACCGGUGCCCCGACUGCGGCGCCUCCUCACGCUGGUUCCGCGCCUCGCACCCCGAGGUGACGCUGAGGCCUGCGCGCUGGGGCCGCCUGUGCGGCGAGCAGGAGGACCUCAAGAAGUGGCUGGCCAGCUACUUGGGGGUCCGGCUGCGCGUCUGCCUGCCGCUGGACUGGGACCACGUGUGGACGGAGGUCUGGGACGGCUCCGCGUGGGUGCCCCUGGACCCCGACUGCGUGAACUUCGCGAGGCGCCUCAACGAGGGCAUCGGCUCCUGGACCGGCGUGGUGGCCGUCGGGACGCCCGCCAGCGGCCCGGGGCCUGCGGCCGCCCAGGAGGCGUCGCAGGACGUGGGCGAGGCCUACCUCCUGCGCGCGGGGGGCUCCGACGAGGAGGUCGCUGCGUGGCGCGGGCAGGUGGCCGCCGCCAGGGCGGACCCGUCCGGCGCCGCCACGCAGGCCAAGACGCUGUGCGGGUGGCUGCUGCAAGCCGUGGGCUGGGGCCCCGACAGGGUCACCGCGGAGCUGCGGGCGGCGCAGGCGGGCUACGAUGGUGGCCAGGAGUGGUGGGAGCUGCCCGACGAGGGCCGCUGA